AAUCGCCCAUCUCUAUAUCAGUUCACAGCACGUGUAGAAAUUUAAUAAUAAAAAUAAAAGUAAAGCAAAGGCGCCAUGGGUAAAUUAAAUGUAACAGUUUUGCGAUAUCUCAGUAAAGAGGACUUUCGUGUCCUCACCGCCAUUGAGAUGGGCAUGAAGAAUCACGAAUUGGUACCCGGACCUUUGGCAGCAGCAAUUGCCAAUUUGAAGGCGGGCGGAGUACACAAGCUGCUCAAAGAACUCUGCAAACACAAAUUGUUAGCCUAUGAACGGGGUAAAAAGUAUGAUGGAUACCGUCUGACCAAUACUGGGUAUGAUUACUUGGCUCUCAAAUCGUUGACUUUGCGUGGAUCUGUUAGUUCAUUUGGCAAUCAAAUUGGCAUUGGCAAAGAGUCCAACAUUUAUGUGGUGGCCGAUGAGGAGGGCACACCCAUAUGCCUAAAAUUGCAUCGCUUGGGACGCACCUGCUUCCGGAAUGUGAAAUCGAAGCGUGAUUAUCAUGGACGCCGUCAUAAGACUUCAUGGUUGUACCUAUCCCGCAUAUCGGCAACUCGUGAAUUUGCUUAUAUGUCUGCUCUAUAUGAUCGUGGCUUUCCAGUUCCAAAACCUAUUGAUUUCAAUCGGCAUUGUGUACUCAUGGAACUGGUAAAUGGUUGGCCCAUGACUCAAAUUCAAGAGUUGGUCGAUCCACCACAAGUCUAUGAUGAUUUAAUGAAUCUCAUUGUGCGUUUGGGUAACUCUGGCGUAAUCCAUGGCGAUUUCAAUGAGUUCAAUUUGAUGCUCACAGAUUCGGGGAAACCCAUUUUAAUUGAUUUCCCUCAAAUGAUGUCAACCUCUCAUGAGAAUGCUGAAUUCUUCUUUGAACGCGAUGUUACAUGUGUCCGAGAAAUGUUUAGACGUAAAUUCGGUUAUGAAAGCGAAGAUUAUCCGAAAUUCAGUGAUUUGGUCCGAGAAGAUGAUCUUGAUGCAGAGGUUCAUUGUACUGGCUAUGGAUUUACAAAGGAAAUGGAAGAAGAUCUUUUGCAAGAAUAUGGCAUGAUUCAGCAAGACACGGAGCAGGACGAGGAGGAGGAAGAGGAAGCUGUGGUAGAUGAUGACGAACCACCAGCUUUGGUGCCUGCGAAUGCUUCUGAUGAAUUAAACGAAUAUCGUCGUCAAUUGGAGAAUGAAGUAUCUUACAGUGAGACCAAGUCUUCUCAGGAGAAGAAAUCAGGAAAUGAUGCCAUUCGUCGCUAUAUUGAGUCAUGCACACAAUUCUUGGGCAAUUUGACAGUUGGGCCAGAGGUUCCAGAUCAGUCAUUACCCAUACCAACUACACCCGCAAUUGCUGAGCCAAUUACUGCCACUCAAGACACAGUUACAGAUGUCCCUCCUGCCGCAGAUGAUGAUCAAGAUGGCAAAUCGAUCAGUUCCAACGACUUGGAAACCGAUGAAAUUCCAGAAUUAUCAACCUUGGAUCCCAAUUCUCGCAUGUAUCGCCUGCAAAUGGUCAAACAAAUGUUGAACGAUGCUAAAAGUCAGCGCUCAUAUUCCACUACAACUAGCACAAUUGCUCCGUCUGUGAUUACUGAUCGUAUACGCCGCAAUAUGGAUGUACGGGAGAAACGAGAACAACGUAAACGUUGUGUUGUCAAAGGAGAAGCAAGUGCCGUUCAUCGUCAUCGCAAGGAAAAUAAGGAUGUUGUCAAGGAGUUUGCUGGCUGGGACUUUUAGAAUCAAAGAAAAGGAAAACUACCGAAUGUUAUCAUUUGUUAGAGUGUAUAUAUACAUUAAGGGUUUUAUUUACAAAUAAAAUUAUUUAAAUUCCACGAAAAUCAUAUUUAGAUGAAAGUCGUCCACCAUCUAAUCUAGCUUCAACUAAAUUCUGUAUUGUUUCCAAUUUACUUGGCAAAACAUACGUAAAUAAUAGUUCAGAGACCUAAUAAUCUUACAUCAUUUCUAUUUUUAUAUAAUAAAUAAAUUUAAACGCUGCUCAAGUGCUUCUCAGAUACUUUAA